GCAUCUAUGCAGGCGUCGCAGAGAUGACUGUGCACUAUAAGACGACCACAUUGAAGGGAUGAAUAUGACCAACCAUAGGGAUAGACUGUUAAUGCGACAUGAUAUUAUGAAAGAUAUCUAAAGUACUGACUCAUGUUAUCCUGGAGGGGAUUCGAAAAGUCGAGAACCGGCCGGAGAUAGCGGACAUAAGCGGCGCCGACUCUUCUCGAUCCUCUCUUCACUCGCGGCGCCCCUGACCACUUCCGACCACCAUUUUCACCACCAUGUCGACCUCUCGUUUACCCAACAUCCCCGCUCUCCGCAAACAGCAGCUUCUCCUGGAAUUCGCAAGUUUACAACAUGCCGCUCCUCCGGGAACUUACAUGAGCCUUAGCCCAGGCGACCCAACCCUCUGGCUGGGUGUGAUUUUCGUUCGCUGUGGACCCUAUGCCUCCGCCGUCCUCCGCUUCCAAAUCCGUUUCCCCACCUCCUAUCCCGACAUGCCUCCCCUAGUGAACUUCGCCACCGACGUCUUCCACCCCUUGAUCGUGCCCCUCACCACAUAUACAUUCAGCACCGGCGCUUCUAGCGAGGAUCCAGUCAGCGCGACAGACGACGAGCGGCUACCCCCUGGCGGGUUCAGUCUACGGCAUGGAUUCCCACACUGGUUCGGUCGGGCAAAGCGGGCAGGGUUGAGCUCAGUUUCUUCACACCGUGAUACCAGUGCCCGCAAUUCGACCGUUAGUGAAGGUGUAUCCGGGAGUCUUUGCAAGGAGAACGUGUCUGAGGACAACUCUGCUGAGUCGCCCGAGCCCCAGUUCAAAUCAGAAGACGAGAGUGAAGUAGGAGAGGCGGUCAUCCCGUCCCCGAUUGGGAGACCGGUCGAACCCAGGAAAACUGUCCCGGUAUCGGUGCUGUUGGAUUACAUUCGGUCUACGUUCGAUGAUGAGGCCGUUCUGGACUCGUUACCGUUGGAAGCGGCGGGGAAUCCGAGCGCGUGGCAUGCGUGGAAGGCUCAUCGGAAGGGGAGUAGAAGCUCUGCGGCGUUGAGUGGCUCGAAGAAGGGGAGCCCGCAGGCGAGGUCCCCCGGGGACUGGCAUUGGGAUGGAAUCUGGGCUAGACGGGUGCAAAAUGAAAUCGAGGCUAGUAGUUCGGAUGCGAUGUUGUUUGGGAAUGCAAACCGGGGCGGAGUUGAGGAGAUGAUUCGCUUCAGUCGACUCGACCCAACCACCCUAGCAUCCGUCAAGGAGAUGAUGAUCCCGCGCACCGAGGAAGUGCACGAAUAACUCAACCUAUAUACCCAUAAUAGAAACAAUUCUGGCUCAGCCCUGACCUCAUCCCAAUCGAACGCAUUCUAGACCGUCAUGGUGACUCGCUGGUCCAUCGCACCUGCCAACAAUGCACGUCGCAUUGACAAACCUACCGACUCGGCCACUCAACACCCUCUCCUUCGGUCUAGAGACACCAUCUAGAUUUACUUACCUCACCAUAUUUACU